AUGAGUAUUAUAUGCAGAGAUGCCAAGAUUGUGGUGGUGGGUGCUGGAUUUGCAGGUUUGGCUGCUGCAGAAUCUUUGAUCAAGGCUGGUUUUCAGCAUGUCAGGAUCCUGGAGGCUAAAGGAAGAAUUGGAGGUAGAAUUCACACCACCAGACCAUUCAGCAAGAACAUUAUAGAACUUGGUGCUAACUGGAUCCAUGGCCAGGAAGGGAAUCCUAUCUUCCAGAUAGCCAAACAGCAUGACCUGCUGGUUGAGGAGAGUGCAGCAAAUGAAAUUAUGUGCUUGCCUUGCUUUGUUACUCCAAAUUAUUACUUUUUUCAAGAAGAAGGGAAGCAGCUUUCUGCAAAAAACGUUGAUGAUGUAUGCUCACUUUUUGGUCAACUUACCUCCAAAGCAUUCAAAGCAGAGCUGGAAGACAAACACAAACCCUUAAGUUUUGGGAGUUAUCUUGACAUCUCUUUUGCUGAGUCUGCUUUGGCCUCUUCAGAAGAUGGACCAAAGAUUUUUGAGUGGUGCAAAAGAAGUGAGUGCACAGAUGAGGCUAGUUCUUUAUAUGAUGUAUCUGCAUCACAGAUUGGUUAUUACACUGCUCUCGAGGGAGGCUUCUUCAACUCUUUGGGUGUUGGGGGUUACCAAGCGAUUUUGGAUAUUCUUUUGAAAAAUAUACCUACAGAAAUGAUCCUGACUAAUACAGCAGUGAAGAGCAUCGAAUGGGACAGAGAACAGAACCAUCCUGUACGAGUGAUCUGUGAGAACGGUCAGAUCUUUGAAGCUGAUCAUGUCAUUGUGACCGUAUCUCUGGGAGUCUUAAAACAACAAGUAAAAACCAUGUUUGAACCAGCCUUACCAAAACCUAAGCUAGAUGCUAUUGAGAGACUCGGCUUUGGUACAGUGGACAAGAUCUUCCUGUGUUUCAGCCAGAGGUUUUGGCCAGAAAAUUGUGAGGGAAUCCAGCUUGUGUGGGAUGAAGGGCCUGAGGAUAAAGCCGUCUAUUCUGCUCACUUAGAAGGAGAUGAAUGGAAAGAGACCUGGUUUAAGAAGAUCUGUGGAUUUGACACUGUGACUCGUCACCCUACAGUGUUGUGUGGAUGGAUCACAGGCAGAGAAGCUCUUCAUAUGGAGACCCUGCAGGACAGUGAGGUUGCAGAUACCUGUGUGAGACUGCUCAGGUCCUUCACUGGCUGGUCUGUUCCUGAUGUGUCCAAAGUGCAGAUCACCCGGUGGGGUCGGGAUCCUGAUGUCCUUGGCUCUUAUACUUUUGUUCCCCACAUGGUGAAUGCAGUAAAAGAGCACGAGGCACUAGCAGCACCCAUUCCUAUUCUCAGAGAGCAAGUCACAGAGAGCAAGCCUCUGCAGGUCCUGUUUGCUGGUGAAGCCACUCAUGUGAACUUCUACACCACCACUCAUGGUGCCUAUCUGUCUGGAGUCAGAGAAGCUCAGAGAAUCGUUAAACACUACUCACACUAAGCAAUUUGUUUUGUCUUAGAACAAUUGUAUGAGCUCUUAGAUGUGUUAUUUUAUAGUAUAAUGACUGACUUGUAUUCUUAAACAGAUUCAACAACAAAUAAAUGUAAUGAAAGUAAUGUCAU